ACUUUGCGGAAUUAGGUGAUGUUUAUGUUACAGUGUCCACAUGUAUGGAUACGUCGACUGUCACUGUCAUAUCUCUGCGGGGGAUUUUGACAAGGACUUAGAGGAGGUGGUUGAGAGUUCAAAAAAGGCUGGACUAUUGGCAUUAUUAGCCGUGGCUGAGCAUGCAGGGGAAUUUGACAAGAUAAUCGACUUGUCACAGAGGUUUCCUGGGUUUAUUUUUCCCUGUUUAGGCGUCCACCCUGUUCAAGAAGUCCCCCCAGAGCAACAGAGGGGGGCUACUCUCCAGGAUCUAGAUGCUGCUCUGCCCAUAAUAGAGAAAUAUAAAGACCACCUUGUGGCCAUUGGGGAGGUUGGUUUGGAUUUUACACCCAGAUAUGUCAGUGGUGAGACUGACAAAGAGAGUCAGAGGCAGGUCCUCAUUCGUCAAGCACAGAUCGCCAAGGAACUGGAUCUCCCUCUAAAUGUUCAUUCACGGUCUGCAGGAAGACCCACCAUCCAGCUCCUGAAAGAGCAAGGUGUCGAGAAAGUGCUGCUUCACGCUUUUGAUGGGAAACCGUCUGUCGCCAUGGAGGGAGUGAAGGCUGGAUAUUUCUUUUCUAUCCCACCGUCCAUCAUACGCAGUGAACAGAAGCAGAAACUUGUGAAACAGCUGCCGUUAGAGAACAUCUGUCUAGAAACUGAUUCACCUGCUCUUGGUCCAGAAAAGCAGGUGAGAAAUGAGCCCAAAAACAUCUGCAUCUCUGCCGAGUACAUCAGUAAAAUCAAAGGAGUGUCGCUGCAGGAGGUGAUGGAGGUGACGACACAGAACGCUCUCCGACUCUUCCCAAAGCUUAAAUCUGCCAUCAGACUCUGACAAAGCCUUGGUCAUUAAUUUCAUCAGUCAAAAUAUCUCAAAUGAUAUGCCCAAAUAAUUUAAUGUGGAAGUCUGAUUUACAUUUUAAAGCACCUUGGUGAAGCAUUAAGUCUGAGAAGGUGAAAAUCUGUGUUAUAGCCGCCUAUUUAAAGCCAAAACACCAACAUGUGGACUACAUAACUGUACUUGAGUUUGGGAAGCCAUUUAUUUAUCUCCAUGUAUUAUUAAAUGAAGGAAGAUGAGAUAAUUUAACACACAAGUUGGACAUUUUUCAUGUGUGUGAUGCAUCUGAAACAUCCAACAUUUCUUAACACCUUGUCAAGCAUCAAAAACAACAGCUGGCAUCCAUCGUGGGCGCUCAUUGAAACACUGUAAAGUGAAUAAUCAUCACAUGCCAGAGUGUUAUUUUUAUAUUUUUCCCAUCAACAGGUCUAAGCAGAGCAGUGACAUCACUAAGUUAGUAAUUUCAGUGGUCACUUGUACUAUGAUUCAUCAUUCAACAUUAGCUGCUGUAGCCAAACUCCAGUGGCCCUUAGUCAGUGGCAGUUCACAGCUGUGUGGGGUAUUGCUGCCUUCAAGUGCUCCUCAAAAGAUACGACUUUUGAGCUCUGAGGGUUUAGAGUUAUGUCCUACUGCUGAGUACUUUAGAUGUGUUUUGGCUAAAACAGUUUAAUUUGUUUCAAUGGAAAAUUAAAAUGUCAAUUAAUGAACUAAA